AUGGAUAAUUCCAAGGACCAUUACAUGAUGCAACAACAACCUCAUCAUCAACAACAACAUCAUCAUCACCAACAACAACCACAUCCACAACAGCAACAACAUCGUAUGCAACAAGGUGGAUACCAACAACAACAACAACAACACCAUAUGCCACAACAACAAUCGAUCAAUGUUAAUAAUAAUAAUAAUAAUAAUAAUCAAAAUAAUAAUUAUAUAUAUAACGCACCACCACAACAACAACAACAACAGAGAGGCAUUCCACGACCAUUAGAUGAUAUGUCAAAUAAACAACAACAACGUAAGCUUGGAUCAUCCCCUGGCGUUAAUCCACCAAUCUUGUUAAAUAAUCAACAACAAAACCACCCGAACUAUAACAACAACCAACAACAACAACAACCAUUCAUGAACCCAUCAGUGCAACAACAAUCAUAUAAACAACAACAACAACAACAACAUUCGAACCUUGUGAAUAGUCAAAACCAACCAAAUCAUCAUCAUCAACAACAGCAACAACAUCAUAUGGAUGAAUACUCAAAUAUGAUUCCACAACACCAAUCUCAUCAACAACAACAUCAUCACUCUGGUCCACAACAUCACCAAUCAAAUCAAUCUCAACCACAACAACAAGGCAAUAAUUCUCAUCACCAUCAUCAUCAUCACCAAUCAAAUCAACAACAACAACAGGCACCAACACCACAACAACAACCUCAACAACAACAACAACAACCAACGGUCACUGUUUCUCCAACCUAUUCUUCGGUUACUUCACCUCCUACAACUGUUGUUGUAAGUCCAUCACAACAAGUCACACCACCACCACCACCACCACCAGCACAACCCUCAACAGUUCCUCCAACUCAAUCAUCUCCUGCAUCAUCUGCAUCUGCAUCAUCUACUCAAUCAUCUGCAUCUGCCUCUGCAUCAAGAUCACAAUUACUUGAAGAUUUUAGAUCACAAAAGAUGAAACUUGAACUUGUUGACAUUAAAGGCCAUAUUGCCGAGUUUAGCAAAGAUCAAGUUGGUUCACGUAUCAUUCAACAAAAGAUUGAAAAUGCCAACGCCGAGGACAAGCAACUUGUAUUUGACGAGGUUAUAGUGGCCGUGCACUCUUUGAUGACCGAUGUAUUUGGCAACUAUGUGUUGCAAAAGUUCUUUGAACACGGAAGCUCUGACCAAAAGCGUAUCCUUGCCGAGAAGCUAAAGGGCAACAUUCUUUUACUUGCAUUGCAGAUGUAUGGCUGCCGUGUCAUCCAAAAGGCCAUAGAAUCGAUCGAACUCGACCAACAGAUAAUGUUGAUCCAGGAAUUGGAUGGCCACAUUGUACAGUGCGUCACCGAUCAAAACGGAAACCAUGUCAUCCAAAAGUGCAUCGAAAAGAUCCCCACCAACCUCAUCCAGUUUAUCAUUGACUCGUUCAACGGACACAUCUACCACCUGGCCACACAUCCCUACGGAUGUCGUGUCAUCCAGCGCAUACUCGAACACUGCUCCGAGCAGCAGGUGGCGCCCAUCCUCGAGGAGCUGAUGCGUUGCGCCGUCUCGCUCGUCCAGGACCAGUAUGGCAACUAUGUCAUCCAACACGUCCUCGAGCACGGCACGCAGUCUGACAAGUCUGCCAUUGUACAGAAACUUCACAACCAGGUCUACCAACUGUCGCAACACAAGUUUGCCAGCAACGUCAUCGAGAAGUGUGUACAGUACGGCUCUACCGCCGAACGUGCCAUGAUCAUCAACGAGAUUCUCGGUGACCAGAGUGGCACCACUUCAAGCGCCAUGCUCAAGGUUCUCAAAGACCCCUACGCCAACUAUGUCAUCCAAAAAAUACUAGACAUUGUAGACCAGUCCCAACGUGAGAUGAUCAUCCAGCGUAUUCAACCCUACAUUGCUACCCUUCGUAAAGUUACUUAUGGUAAACAUAUUAUUUCUAGAAUUGAAAAGAUUUCUACAAAUAUGAAUUAA